AUGCGCUUUCUUCCAAAGCCAGGUCGGUUUUGUUGUACUUUGCACACACCAAACUUGCUCACCGGCGGCAACGCACGCGGCAAGGACCAAGCGGCGAGCGUCUUCGACGUGACAGAGUACGGAGCGGCGCCGAGCAACAGGGACAACAGAGACGCGAGUGCCGUUUAAUCCCGUCACCUCAUCGCAUUUUCUCAGCUAAAUCUUUGUCUACUCUGAAUCGCGUGCGUGUGCUCGCAGCAGGCUUUCCUGGCCGCGUGGCGCGCGGCGUGCGGCUCCACCGCCGGCAACUCGACGCUCCUGUUCCCCAAGGGCACCUUCGCCGCCGGCGCCGUGCAGUUCGAGGGGCCGUGCAGGAACGGCGACGCGCCCGUCGUGGUGAUCGACGGCGUGCUCCAGCCGUGCGCGGGCGGCAGCGGCGGCGGUUGCCGCCUCUCGGACGAUGCCUGGAUCACGUUCAGCGGCCUGAACAACCUCCUCGUCACCGGCGCCGGCACCCUCGACGGCCAGGGCCAUCAUCAGAGCGGCAAGGCCAAGUCCAAGACGACGACCCUGGUUUUCGAUGGCGUGACGAACUCGACGUUGAGGGGCCUGCGCGUGGGGAGCCUGGGCAAGGACGGCGGCGAGCAGGACUCCAACAUCAAGUUCCAGGACAUCACCAUGGAUAACGUCUCCAACCCCAUCAUCAUCGACCAGCGCUACUGCCCCCACGACCACUGCUCCGACGCCGACAAGCCGUCGCUGGUGCAGAUCAGCGACGUGACUUUCCGGCGGAUCGAGGGGACGUCGAGCACCCCGCUGGCGGUGCAGCUGCUGUGCAGCGAGGACAGGCCGUGCACCGGGGUGCGCCUCGACGGCAUCAACCUCACCUGCGGCGACGUGCCGUGCCGCUCCGAGUUCUCCAACGUGCGGGGGCCGCUCGCCCCGGCCCCGGCGGUGGCGCAGGCGCAGGCGCCGAGCCCCGCACCGGCCGCCUCGCGCCGGGAGGAAGCGGCUGACGCGGCAUCCGAGCAGCUAGGCCGGUCCACUUGGUGGUCACCGUUUACCGUCAGAGGAUGA